UGUUACGAUAGUUUCAUUAAGGUAAGAUUUAUCCUUUGUGUGAUAUAGUGAGUGAUGUAUAGUGAGACUUGUGAUUUUAAGGCCUUGGCCCAAAGCCGAGCUCCAUAAGUAAAGUUCACACGUUUCAGGUCAGAGAUUUGUUUGGCGAAUUUUUCCCUUAUCUGUGUAGCUGUGAUUGUUUAAACAUUAAUUUGGCGGCAGGCCGAUGUUCCAGUCCCUGUAGCUAUCUGAUUUGAGUUAGAUCCGUUAUAAGUACGUGAUCCAGAUAAUUCGGAAUUCCGUUUGUCUGUAGAUGUCGUAACAAUAAUCAAGCAAAAAAUGGGUACAGUUUUGUUAUGUCCAGUCAUGUUUUUUUCACGCAAAUCUGUAAAUCAAGGGUAAUCUGCCAUCGUUAACAUUCCAGUCAAUUCUUCAUGAUACACAUGAUAACAGGGUAGAGCAGUAGAACACAAAUCCGCUUGUGAGUUUAAAGCUCAGAUUUGGCAUGCGGGUAAUUUUAUUGACGUCAGGUAAAUGGUGGUUGAGCCUCAGGCUGAGUUUCAAUUCUUUACAAAGAACAGGUUGGAGGGGAGAAAGAAUGACGGGCACAUAAGACUGACAAGAGUGUUUGAACGCCUUUAGAUAUUAUUUAUAAACCGGUCGCCAACUUUUGAAAAUACCAACACCAAAAUACCAAAACAUACCAAUACCAACAGGUAACGUUAUCAGUAGAUAUAUGCAAGUUAUCUAGACACACUGUCUGAGCAAAGUCCUAAGGGAAAAUCUAUACCCCAAACCCACCUAAAAUGCUUUAUCUCUCCUAGUCGUUUGAUUUUAUGAGAUGAUUACGAGUACCUUUCUUGUGUUUACCUUUGCACCUUCGCAGAAGGAAACAUAUAUUGUUGUUGGUCGGUUUCUUCUUUCUCUUCUUCUUCCGCAUCUUCCUGAAAAAAUAAGGUUAAUGACCUGCAGGUGACACCGGUACCGGCAGUCACCAUGGUUACUAGUACUGGUAAUACUAGUGCUUGAUCUCACCAAUGCAAGAUAAAAACGCCAACAUUGACAUCAGUGAUCAUCAGUGGCUCCAGGCUUGCCUAAUAUACAUGAAUGCUUUCGAAGAAUAAAUAGAGCAGUAUACCGUUAUGGCAUAUGCUUGAACCAAUUGAGUCAUGGCAGUUCCAGGUUUACCCAAGAGUUGAAAUUUAUUAAUACCGUAAAGACUCAAAUGAUAUGGUCAGUUUAAACCUGUUAUCUGCGUCACCAGGUGUUGCUGCCCAGACCUGCGACUUUGACUCCGGCAGCUGUGGCUGGGCCGCCUCCGCGGUCCCGAGCAGCGGGGCGUUCUACUGGACUAGACUGAACUACGGAAGCCCGACACCUGGCACAGGGCCCUCCGCUGAUCAUACAACUGGCAUACAAUAUCGUGGAUACUACUUCCACACGGAUGCCAGCUACGGAGUUCAAGGUGAACAGGCAUGGCUCACAAGCCCCACAGUAGACGCGUCAGUAGACCAAAACUUCACGUUUUGGUACAACAUGUAUGGCAACAGGUUAACUGGCGGCAUGGGGCAAUUGCAGCUCUUCCUAGUUCCGACAGGAGGCACCCUUGGCGAUGACGGACUACUGUGGGUCAAGGACGGGAACCAAGGCGACCGGUGGAUACAUGCCUCAGUGGUGAUCCCGCAACAAUCGGCGUAUAACCUUGUAUUUGUUGGUACGAGAGGCUCAAGCAUAGCGGGAGACAUUGCUCUAGACGACAUCGUUAUUGCUGAUGCAGACACGCCCGACACUGCCCUGCAAUACGACUGUGACUUUGAGCACGAGACGUCGGACCUGUGCGGUUAUGUACAGGACGAGACGGACCAGCUGCAGUGGACGCGCCAACAGGGAGGCACGCCCAGCGCUGGGACCGGUCCGUCCGCCGAUCACACUCUGGGCACAGAUGCCGGACACUACAUGUACAUGGAAACCAGCAGUGAUGGCGUUCCUCUCAGCGAGGGUGACGCCGCCCGGCUGCUCAGUCCCCGCUAUCCCCCAACAACUUCCAUGUGUCUGACGUUCUUCUACCACAUGUACGGGGCGAAUAUAGGCAGCCUGAGGGUGUACGUGAAACAGACAGGCACUCUUACUCUGACGUGGUCCAAGAGCGGAUCCCUGGGGGACAUGUGGUACAUGGCGAUAGCGCCACUUGUGACAGACGAUGAAUUUCAGAUCGUUUUCGAAGCUGCACGAGGAAAUGGCGCGUUCGGAGACAUUGCUAUUGAUGACGUGGCCAUAGUUAAUGGGUCAUGUCCAGUGCCAAGUGUGACACCUGCACAAACAACCGUUCCAACAACCGCAGCUACAACGACUUCAACCAUAACGCCGUUGGCAACGACUACAACGCCAUUAGCAGCGGUAACAACGCAAUUCACAGAGGCAUCAACAACUUUUUCCCCAUCGUACUCCACUCUGCCUACUGCACAAACCGCAUCUUCUCUACCUGUAACGCUUGUACCCACGUUUGGUCCCUCGUCGGCCAUGACGCCUUCAAUGGGAGGUUCAGGCCCCAGUCCGACACCACCGGCGGCAGCAACAACGGGAGCAAACGAGACAUCAGUCCUAGGGCGAGUUGACAACGGCAAGGACGCCAUUAGCGGCACAGGCCUGGUGGCGGGCGUGUGUGUCGCCGUGCUCUUCUGGGCAGUUGUGUACGUCGUUGUAGUUCACUUCAUCCGCAAAAAGCGCCGGAAACAGCGACAGGAGAGGAAGGAAAAGGGACACUUUGACGUCGUGUACGACCCCACAUGUGAUGACGUCAGCACACGAUGGAAAGACGAUGAUGAUGAUGAUGGUGGGCCCGGGAUGAAGUGUGCCCCGGAUUUACAGGACAUGACUCAUCGUAACGGAACCGACGCAACUAAGGUGGACGUGGAUAUUGAAACUGACGUCGACGCUCAGUUAGAAGCGGACGUCACACCUGAUCACGAUCCGCCAAUAUACGUCAACCGUGAUAUCGAGGUCACGCCAGAAAACUCCGAGCCCCUGAUGAACUCUAGCAAAGAAGCCGACGAGACACGCCAGAAGUGCACCAGACAAUACACCACAGCAAACAAUGGUCCGAACGUGAUAGAUAGUGCGUCCAAAGAAAGCCUCAUCAGUCUUAGGUCGGACCCAGACAUCAUAUUCCUGGAACCAUCAGAUGCGGACGACGGUCCGGAUUCCGUUAUCUGUGUACCAUGUUAUAAAGAACUAGCAGAACAUGCAUCAGUUGUGUAA